AUGCCAACCGACUACCGUUGUCGUCGCUCCAUCUUCAUUGUUCUCUUUCAACUCGUCGCGACGGUCUCGUCGCGAUCGAUUCUGCGUGGCGAGCAUGUUGUCCACACACCGCUGGGAACCAUUCGAGGAAUCGGUCAGUCAAUCGAUGAUGCCAAGGUAUCAGCAUUUCUUGGUGUUCCCUAUGCAAAACCUCCAAUCGGUUCGCGUCGCUUCAGAAUGGCUGAAAUGAUCGAUCGGUGGAGUGGCGAGCUGGAAGCGAAAAAUCUUGCGAAAACAUGUUAUCUUACUGCCGACAACACGUUCCCGCAGUUUCCUGGUGCUGAAAUGUGGAAUCCGCCGGGCGCCAUCUCUGAGGAUUGCCUCAAUAUGAACAUCUGGGUUCCGGAAAACCAUGAUGGGUCGGUGAUGGUUUGGAUUUAUGGCGGCGGAUUUUUCAGCGGAACACCGUCGCUAGACUUAUAUAGUGGAACAGUAUUAGCGGCCAAAGAGAACACGAUUGUAGUCAAUGUAAAUUAUAGGCUCGGUCCAUUUGGAUUUUUGUACUUUGGAGAUGAUUCGCCGAUUCAAGGUAACAUGGGAUUGAUGGAUCAGCAACUAGCAUUGAAGUGGAUUCAUCAGAACAUUGGGGCAUUUGGUGGUGACCCGACGAGAAUGAGCAUGUUCGCCGAAUCUGCAGGAUCGGCUUCCGCCACAGCGCAUCUUUUUGCUCCGAAUUCGUUCAAUUACUAUCAAAAUAUUAUAGCAAUGAGCGGCUCAAUUAUCAAUUCCUGGGCAACUGCGAAACCGCAAACACUUCUAGAAAGGUCGAUGAAACUCGCCAAGCGGGUUAACUGCAGUUCAGUAGAUCAAAAAGCAAUCGCCAAAUGUCUGUCGAACGUGCCGGCUCAUUUGAUCCAGCAAGAAGCCGAUAACAUAUCAGGCGACAUCGGGCCACCAAUGACUUUCGCGUUCGUUCCUGUCUCGGCUGAUGUCAAUUUCUUCCAAGGCGAUGUAUUCGAGAAACUUCAAAAGAAGCAAUUCAAGAAGGAUGUCAAUAUUGUGUUUGGAAGUGUCAAAGAUGAGGGAACCUAUUGGCUGCCUUAUUACAUGGCUAUGCCUCGAUACGGAUUUGCGUUCAAUCACACGAUAUCGGCUGAAGAUCCUCAUAAUAGGGCAUUGAUUACAAAACAACAUUACGCGGAAUCGAUGAAAGCAUUUAUGCCAUAUUUCGGAAGCUCUUCAUUGGUACUGAACGCGUUUAUGAACUCUUACGAGCAAGUAUCGCAUAGUCGCGUGCCAGAAGAGCGGUAUCGCGACGGUGUGGCUCGAUUUUUAGGCGACUUAUUUUUCACAUGCUCUCUUAUCGAAUUUGCCGAUAUGAUAUCCGACAACAUAUUUGGAAAUGUCUAUAUGUAUUAUUUCACAUAUAGAUCAUCGGCCAAUCCGUGGCCGAAAUGGAUGGGUGUGAUGCAUGGAUACGAGAUCGAGUAUGGUUUUGGACAGCCGUUCUGGCGACCACAUUUGUACGAUCAAGGAGAAUUGCACAAUGAGAAAAAAUUGUCCGCGAUUAUAAUGGAUUUGUGGGCGAAUUUUGCCAAUACUGGUGAAAUGGAAAACUUCUGGCCACGGUACAACAAAAUUGAGCGCAAAGCUCUUGUUCUCGGCGAGGGCACCUUACAUGGAAGGCAUAGUAUAAUCAGGGACGUGCACGGCCAAUAUUGUCGGAUGAUCGACGAGGCGAAGACGUUCGUCGCGCAGAAGACUGGCGCUGAUUGUCGUUCGACGCGACGCCUUGAGGUCGUCUCGGCGGCAGUUCUCGACACCUCGUCAUCGGCAAUGAAUGAAAUCGGAAAACUAUUGCUCAUUCCACUAUUUACACUACUCAUCUCCUCAAUUGUCGUCAUGUGCUGUUCGAAAUCUUCUAAAAACAUUACUGAAGACAACAAAAUCAAUUUGCAGGAAAAUAUAAAUAAUUGUGAGAAUCAGAAUCCAAAUAACCGAGCUCAACCUGGUACGGCUCACAAAUUUGAGGCAAACCAACGAUCGAAUGCGAAUGUUGAGAAAACACAGGAGGCUGAUUUGAAAUCGAAUGCAAAAACGGUACAAUUGGUGAAAGCGACGUCGAAAACUGGAUUGGAUAAAUCAAAAGAAAAAAUUCAAACAUUGCAUGCUAAAUCAGUUGAUAAAUCGAAAGAGCCAAUUUGUGAGAAAGAGGUCUCGGCACGAUCUCCGAGGAAAUCAUGUAUUCAUUGGUCCGGAAAGAUCCAACGAAAACCGAUUUCAAUGGCUGAUGAAACACAAAGCAGUCAUGAGGAUACACCAACAAAAUAA